UGGAAACGUCCUGACCAAUCAGCUUGUGGGGAAAAACGAGGGCAAGAGCAACGGCGCCCAUGUGUUUCAUCAGCCUAGUCUCUCUGAGGAAGAACCGGUAACUCUCCCAUCUCAACCAAUAUCUACCACAUCAAGCAUCUUUUACAGCAUCAGAAUGUGUGGUAUAUGGGCCUUGUUUGGUAGUGAUGAGUGCCUUUCAGUUCAGUGCACCAAUGCCAUGAAAAUCGCUCAUCGCGGUCCAGACGCUUUCCGCUUUGAGAAUGUCAACGGUUUCACCAACUGCUGCUUCGGGUUUCACCGCCUCGCUAUCGUGGACCAGCUGUACGGCAUGCAGCCUCUGCGAGUCAAGAAGUUCCCCUACCUUUGGCUAUGUUACAACGGUGAGAUCUACAACCACGUCACGCUGAAGAACCAGUUUGAGUUUGAGUAUCAGACUAAAGUCGAUGGCGAGAUCCUUCUGCACCUGUACGAGCGCUUUGGAAUCGAGAAGAUGGCCUCCAUGCUGGAUGGCGUGUUCGCCUUCAUCUUGUUGGACACCGCUAACAGGAAGGUUUUCUUGGGCAGAGACACAUACGGCGUGAGACCUCUGUUCAGACUGCUCACCGACGACGGCUUCCUAGCGGUCAGUUCUGAGGCCAAAGGUUUGCUAGAUGUCAAAACCUCCAUGUCCACUCCUGCAAAGAUCACGCCCUUCCUACCGGGACACUUUGAGGUGUUUGACUUGAAGCUCACUGGAAAAGUGCAGUCUGUUCAGAUGGAUCGCUUCCACUGCUGCACAGAAGAACCCAAACACGCUGCCUAUAACAACCUGAAGGGCCUUGGCACAGGCUUUGAACUGGAGACGGUCAAGAGCAACAUAAGGAUCCUGUUUGAAGAUGCGGUGAGGAAACGCUUGAUGGCUCACAGAAGAAUCGGCUGCCUGCUCUCAGGUGGUCUCGAUUCAAGUCUGGUUGCUGCUACACUUGUGAAACUGGCCAAUGAAGAGCAUCUGCCGUAUCCCAUUCAGACCUUUUCCAUCGGUGCAGAAGACAGUCCAGAUGUUGCUGCUGCUCGCAAGGUGGCAGCACACAUUGGCAGUGAACACCAUGAAGUGAACUUCACACCUGAGGAAGGCAUCCGUGCGCUGGAGGAAGUCAUCGUUCACUUGGAGAGUUAUGACAUCACCACUGUGCGUGCUUCUGUCGGAAUGUACCUGAUCUCAAAGUACAUCCGUGAGAAGACCGACAGCGUUGUGAUUUUCUCAGGUGAAGGUUCGGAUGAACUGACACAAGGAUACAUCUACUUUCAUAAGGCGCCGUCACCUAAAGCAGCGGCAGAGGACAGUGUGCGUCUGCUGAAAGAGCUUUAUCUGUUUGACGCGCUGAGAGCAGACCGAACCACAGCCGCACACGGACUGGAGUUGAGAGUGCCUUUCCUGGACCAUAGGUUCACCGCAUACUUCCUCUCUCUGCCUGAAGAGAUGAGAGUGCCUAAGGAUGGUGUGGAGAAGCAUCUCUUGAGGGAAUCGUUUAAAGGCUUGGACCUCAUCCCAGAUGAGAUCCUCUGGAGGAGGAAGGAGGCCUUCAGUGACGGGAUGACCUCCAUGAAGAAAUCCUGGUACGCCAGUCUGCAGGAGCACAUCGAGACUGAGGUGAAUGACUCUCAGUUGGAGAAGGCUAAGUCACGGUUCCCUAAAAAUCCUCCCACAACCAAAGAGGGCUACUUCAUAAGGCAGAUCUUUGAGAAGCAUUACCCCGGCCGCUGUGAGUGGACGCCACAUUACUGGAUGCCCCGCUGGAUCAAGGCCACGGACCCCUCAGCCAGAACCCUGUCCAUCUACAAGCCUGAUAAAGAAAUGUCUGAUACUUGUCUGAUACCAACCAGACAACAAGCCUCAGUCCUUAUCUAGGCAUCUCACACAUUCCCUACAGCAUACAAACCUGCAUUUUUCAAACCUUAUUCACCAUAAAAUAUCUUUUUUGCCUCACCUCUCUGUUUUAUUUGACUAAACUAUAUAUUUUUUCCCUUAGAGAACGGGUUUAUUUUAGGUUCAUUUUAGGUUCAUUUUUUAACCCUCUGGAGUCUAAAGCACUAUUCGGACGGGACUAGUUUUCUAAACUACGUUUGAGUUUCGAUUCUUACCACCUGACGUCUGUGAUUUUCAUGUACCAAUUCAGAUGGUACUAACAUCUCCAUGUUUAUUACAGAGAUGGGAGGGUCUGAUUUGUUUAUCUGGGCAUCACAGAGAUCACGUGCUCUGUAUGCGUGCAUUGUAUUCAUUCAGAAUGACUGCCUUAGUAUUAUUACACAAUAAAUACUAAAUGGCUAGUAUAGCAAACCAUG